AUGACCUUGCGCACUCCUCGUCGUCGAAUUUCGCCUCGGACCAAACUCAGAUACCGGGCAAUCAGAGAAUUUUUCCGCCGCGCUCUAGGUAGCACGUCCCAACAAGAAAUUAAAAUAAAUUCUAGUAUUGCUGUCAACGUAACAGAUUUAAAGAGGAAAAUUGUGGGCUUAGAACAACAGUUAGACGAAGUAAAUAAACAUUGUCGUGAUUUCGCCUGUCUGGAAGAUUGCUCCAGGAUAGAUUCAAGAGAAAGUGGUUUUCAGUACGACUUUAGGCACGAGAUAGAUACUAUCAAAGAGCUAACCGAAGGGUCUUCUGAGAAAAAGUCAAAUGGCAUUGAAACGCAACUUAUAUACAAAUCUUCAGACUGCAACUGCCAAAAGUCUGAAGUUAGUGAUCAUUUACCAAAACCAGAUUUUGAUAACAAAUUAGUUAACGAUCAAAUGGACUACAGUGGACACGUAACUAAAGUUAAAAACAAAAAAAGUAAAAUACAUCACAAUACUAACACUAAUUCUAAAUUGCAUAAACACAAAGCGAGAUCUGUCUACGACAGCAUGACUGCUCAUUCCACUAGCAGCUUUCAUUCUUUAGCGAAUAAUCGUGUCAAUGACAUUAAUACAGAUUAUCCUGAUAAUUCUUACGAUAAGAAACGUUUUAAGAAGGAAAAUUUUAUUGAACCGAUCCCACAUCCCAAAGACAAAAAAUAUAAAGAAUUCAUAAAGAAAAAUAGGGGUGAUCAGUAUAAAGUUUCUUACGAAGAAACCCCGGCUAAAUUUAGAAAACAAAAGCGGAAUUCUCGAGAACUCGAUCCCGAUUUCAUUGCAGACAUAAUACGGAAGCAGUAUAAACCAGUUAAAAUGUUUGGGAGAAAAGAGUCGGACUUUAGUCAGUUUUCAGCACCCGUUUGUCGAGAUCAAGAAUUUUCUAUAAGAGAAAACAUACAAGAAGGCUCUGAGCUAUGCUCUUGUUUGUAUCCCGAGAUUGGUCGGCGUCAGAAACGUAUGAAACGUCAAGAUCUUAAUGGGAUGAGAAGUGUUUGUGAUACUCGCCUCUACAGCUCCAAUAGACAUACACGACAUAAACAUCGUAGGAUGCACGCUGAUGUUUACAGCAACUCUGACAUGUACGAUCUGGUUCCUGUCAAAGAAAGGUCGAGUCCCAAAACGCGGAAAAAAUUCAUUGAUGAAAAUAUCUUUCCAUAUGAGUACUACAGAGAAGUACCACCAUCGCCCAGAACUCUUCGACCCCGACUUAAUUUACAAGCCCAAUAUUACACAGAACUGGAAGAUUAUAUGGCUCAUAAUAAACAAAAGCACAGAAGGCGUUUUCCUCGAAACCAAAAAGUGUAUCCAGAAUAUCAAGAGCAUUUUGAGGUUGAUACUGCCUCAGAAUUUGUCCCAGAAAGAAAUAUUGCUCAAGCACCAAACCAACAGAAACUCAUAAAUGUUAAUAUUCCAAUAGAAGACAAACACCUCCAGAAUCAGAGCCCACAAGAAACCGGCACUCCAAACAAUUUACAACAUUCACAAUACAUUAACGAGCAAACAAGCACUGCUGUAGAUUCAUCAUUAAACAAGACACAAGAAACCGACAUAAAUGUUGAUAAAACAGACAAAGCACUAUGUGAAAUUAAAGAUAUAUUACAAAGUUUCUUGCACGAAAUAAAAAAAGAGACAGUUGCUUCACAAUGCGAUAAGUCUGAUUUUACAUACAAAACCCAAGAUAACGAGAACAACAUUAAACAAGAGCCGAAUACUAAGAUAAAUAGUCAUAUACAAAACAGUGGGAGUUAUAACAAUUACGUCUCAGGCCAGGUGGGAAUGCCGCCAUAUAUAUCACCCUUUGCAACUAACCCAUAUUGUUAUCCUGUAAUGCCAAUGUGUCCUCUUAAUUAUCCUAUGCAACUACAGAACGGUGGGUACCUAAUGCCCAGUCAAAGUUACACCUGUUCAAAUUGCGUAGCCGUCCCUAAAGAGUCUGUUAGUGUUCAUUGCUGUAACAAAAACACAGAACCAACAGGAAAUACAGAAACCGAUGAACUAAUUAAAGAAAUCUAUAAGUUCGUAGCUCAAGGUCCUGUUGGGAAACACGGUCAAGAUUAUACUAAUGAUAGGAAACGUGAUGAUAGUCAAGCCGAAGACAAAAUCUUGACGUCUAGAAGUGUUGGUGGGAGUUUCAAGAAUUAUCAGCAUGAUGUUAAAGUCGGUACUCAACCGCUUAAAUGUUAUUCUAAAAGUUGUGAGGCUAUAGGAACGAGAAUGGUUUCAGACACCUAUUAUAGUGGCACAAAUGCAAGUUACUCUGAUACUCUAUUAGAAAAAUUAAGCCUGGAGGCAGGUACUACAUCUGAAACUGAACUAGAUAUGGAAGCACCCGAUCAAAACAAGAACAAGGUUAAUAAGUUAUCAAAAGUCCUACGGUCUUUUGGACUUUUCAAAAAGAAGAAAAAAGAUGUAAUAGAAGAGCUAAGUGAGACUGAAAGCGUCACAGAGGAAGACAUAAAGCCAAAACAACCCCCAUUUAGACAACAAGUAACAAAUUAUAUGAUGCAUGGUCAGGAAUACUUUCGUUCUCCUCCACUUAAACCACUUUAUGAGCGACGACAGGAAUACCAGCCACCGACAAAUGAUUACCGACACGGAAAACUAGAAUAUCCACAAGGCCCACAUGGUUAUGACACAAGACAGUACGAGUAUCACCCACGACCACAUGAGUUUCAACCACGGCAACAGGAUUACCAGUCGCGACGACAUGAAUACCAACCAAGAGCCAACGAAUACCAACAUAGACCGCAUGAGUAUCAACCUGAUUAUCAUCCACCGUACAACCCUGGUGAGCGAGGGUAUACAUCACCGCGACUCAACGACCCCUACGGACAACAACAACAACCGCAGCAGCAUGACCACCCCAGUAUACCACCACCUCAUUUACGACAACGGCCCACGGCUCCACCCUUUAGUAGCUCUUAUGACACCAGUUACAGCCAGAUGCAACCACCUCUCUGUUUAAAAGAAAUAGAAGUGAAGAGUACAGGCACACAAAGUGAAAGGAAAAUGUCGAUUUUCCGAAAGUUUGGGAAGAAGAAGCAACAGCCGGUUAUCAUAACCCACAUGGCAGCAGCCGGCGACCAGAGGAGCUUCUCCACACAAACUGCGGUUAAUACAUCGCUACAGAUGAAUAGACAACAGAAGAUGACCAAGCCAUUGUUUAAUUGGAAGAGUUUCCAGGAGAAAGCCAAGAAAGCUAUACCAUCGCCGGACUUGGAUCCUAUAGCGUACUCUUAUCAAACUCAAAAAGAAUUAGCCCAAGGUAAUCUAAAGAUGAGAAAUGCGGUGCUGAAAAAAAUAUUUUAUAAAAGAAAUCCUUUCUCUCCCCGGAAUCUGAUUGUGAAAACGUUGCUAGGAAAAGAUAAGUCUAGCUUUGGCGACGCGACCGGAGUGCUCAGACCUCGGAUGUUCUUCUAA